GCAUCCACUAGACACUUUCUGUUGGAACGCGGUAGCGAAAUGAUCGAUUCCAUACUCAAUAAUUAUUCGCAAACUCCAGUUUUACCGGAGGAUGAGGCUAUGAACAACUUGUGGAAGGACGUGGAAAAUUUGCUAUAUGAACAAAACCCAGCUAUAACAGCUAAUCCUACACCACCAAUUAGUCCUCAACCAGAUUUAGAUCUCGAUUUUCUUCUCAACUUUUCAAUGGAACCUGAAAGGAACUCGACCUCAAGUUCAACAACCGAUUUACCUGAUUUUGGUUCGGCUUUCGUCGAUAUACCCGAUAUAAAGGAAGAGUUUCCUCACGUUCCGCCCCCGUAUCCCGUUUUUUAUCCUAACCAGGAAUAUUAUUACCCGAUACCUCCAAUGAAUAGUAUGGUCACACCACCUUCUUCGCCCGAAGAACCCAAGAAACGAGGUCGAAGGAGUUGGGGGAGAAAACGUCAAACUACGCACUCUUGCACUUAUUCUGGGUGUACUAAAACCUAUACGAAAUCAUCGCAUCUCAAAGCGCAUCUUCGGACACACACAGGAGAAAAACCUUAUCAUUGCACUUGGAAAGGUUGCGGCUGGAAGUUCGCCAGGUCAGAUGAACUUACAAGGCACUUCCGUAAACAUACAGGAGAUAGACCGUUUGCAUGCCACCUAUGCGACAGAGCUUUCUCUAGGAGUGAUCAUCUGUCAUUGCAUAUGAAGAGGCACAUGUAAUUUUUUUCCUAAAAGACAAAAAAAACACAACCAAGAAAGACAAAGAAAAAAAUAAUGAAAAAAAUCAACCAAUCUAAAGACAUGUGAAAUAUGAAAUUAUAACUAAAAAACAAAAAAGAACGUCAAGAAAAAUAUAAAAAUACGAAAGAAAAGAAUUCGAAAAACAAUCUUAUUUUUUUCGUAUUUGUGACUUAAAUAUGUUCCAAAAUGUGAAGAAAAAAAAAAUUGCGUUCGUCUCCUCCUGCAGCCGCGGACACUGCCCGAAUGUAUACAUUUUUUUGUACAGACCCAAUGUCGUUCGUAAGGAAUGUGCAUGUAUAAAAAUUUAAAUAGAUGUUCAAAAAAAAAAGACCACACGAAAAAAAAAAAAGAAAAAAAGACAAAGUGAAAGGAAAUCGUAUUUUUUUUUUUUUUUUUUUUUAAUUGAUGAAUGUCUAGUUAAUAUUUUAUACAUAAAUUAUUUUAUGUUUUAUUAGGUGCUUUUGUGCAAUAAGCACUAGUCAAAAAAAACUUCGUAAAUAUAUUUUCUUCGUAAUAUGCCA